AUGGCGUUCCACGAGCACAUUUGCGGUUUCUACUACACCACCCAUCGAGCCGACGCCGCUCCCUGGGAGAACAGCCAGAGACACUACCUUCCACAGGUCGGCCUCAAGUCCCACACGACCAUUCUCUCCAAGACCUCUCGUACUCUUCUUACACAGACCUUCACCAACCCCGACCAGGCAAAGGCCAUCAGGAAUGUGCGCUACACAUUCCCGCUCUACGACGGCGUUUCCGUCGUGGCCUUCACCUGCCGCGUAGCCGGUCGGCUCAUCAAAGGCCAAGUCAAGGAAAAAGAGAAGGCCAGGCAAGACUUCCGCCAGGCUGCCGAGCGGGGCCAGGUUGCCGGUCUGCUGGAGCAGCUGCCCGACGCCGCCGAUGUCUUCACCACAACAGUGGCCAACAUCCCCCCGGCCGCAACCAUCGUCGCCGAAAUCACCUAUCUUGGUGAACUAAAACACGACGCAGAAGUCGAUGGCAUCCGCUUUACCAUCCCUACCGCCAUCGCCCCUCGCUAUGGCCAAUACCCCGGCGAGCUGCUUGCCAACCCACAGGCCCACGCCAGCUCCGGCAUGGAAAUUGUCAUUGAUGCAGUCUCCGACGACGGCUCGCCCAUCCAGCAGCUGCGAUCGCCAACUCACCCCAUCGCCGUUUCACUGGGUACGACGUCGAUGGCUCCCGACGCAGAGCCCACCACAACGAAGGCAUCUGCAACCCUCAGCCUCGGCACCGCAGAGCUCGACAAAGACUUCAUCAUUCAGCUGGUUGCCAAGGACACGGGUAACCCCACCGCAAUCCUUGAGACACAUCCGCGUAUCCCCCAGCAGCGCGCUCUCAUGGCAACCCUGGUGCCCAAGUUCUCGCUGCCGUCAAUUAGGCCGGAAAUUGUCUUCAUCUGCGAUCGCAGCGGUAGCAUGGGAGACGGACGCAAGAUACCCACCGCCAUCCAGGCUCUCAAGCUCUUCUUGAAGAGUUUGCCUGUCGGCGUGAAGUUCAACAUCUGCUCCUUUGGCAGUGAUUACACCUUCCUCUGGCCGAAAAGUAAAUCUUACAGCCAGGAUUCCCUCGAGGAAGCCAUCAAGCAUGUCGAGAGUUUCAGUGACGACUACGGCGGCACCGAGAUCUUCGCACCGCUAAAGGCCACCUUCGAGAAUCGUCACAAGGACAUGGAGCUCGAGGUCAUGCUUCUCACCGACGGCGAUGUCUGGGGUCACGAGGACAUCUUCCAAUAUUUGAACCAACAGAUCCACGACAAGAACGAGUCGGCCCGUGUCUUCACCCUGGGCGUGGGACUUUAUGCAAGCUCCGCGCUCGUUGAAGGCAUCGCAAGAGCAGGCAACGGCUUCUCCCAAGCGGUUGGCGAAAACGAAAAGAUGGACAAGAAGAUUGUGCGCAUGUUGAAGGGCGCGCUCUCUCCGCAUAUCACCGACUACAGCUUGGAGGUCAAAUAUGCAGACGAGAAACAUCGUGAUACUGACGAUGGGUUCGAGCUUGUCGAAAAGGUUACCGAUAGUCUCCGUAUCCACCUCGACUUGCGGGAUACCGAAUCCCCGACCAAACCGGAGACGGCACAAAAGGAUCCAACAUCAUUGUUCAACCCCUCGGUAGACCUUGAUGCGCCGGAACCCCACAAGACGUCCAGCGAUGGCCAACAUCGCUACGCUCACCUUCCUCCGCUUGACUCGCCGGCUAUUCUUCAAGCACCUUCGCGGAUACCCGCACUCUUUCCCUUCAACCGCAGUACCAUCUAUCUACUCCUAUCACCAAACUCACCCGGAGCCAACCGUACGCCGAACUCAGUCAUUCUCCGCGGCACCUCGUCUCACGGGCCACUUGAGCUUGAGAUACCCGUGACAGUCGUUUCGGAGAACGAUGGAAAAGGCGAGACGGUCCACCAACUCGCCGCUCGAAAGGCAGUCAGCGAACUCGAGGAGGGGCGCGGCUGGCUUUCGGAGGCCGUCGAUGCCACUGGCUCCAAGCUGAAAGAGAAGAUGCAGGGCCGCUGGGAUGAGUUGGUCGAGCGCGAAGCCGUGCGCUUGGGCGUCGAGUUCCAAGUUGGCGGGAAAUGGUGCUCCUUCGUCGCGCUGGAGCAAGAUCACGAGAAGCAAGACGCAGAACUGAGCCGGGACUGGGAAUACUUGGAUGUCGAGCCAAACCCCGCCACAUCCUCCGGUAUUGUAGACUACCAGCAAAGUCUCAUGAUGCUUCAUCCGGAAAAGGUAGUUCCUCCCCCCAUGCACAUGUUAGCCACACAGAACCGUCGUGUUGCCCUUGCCCCUAAGUACUAUAGUGGCCGUGGUGGCCGCGGUGGCCUCGGUGGCCGCGGUGGCCGCGGUGGUUCGGCUCUGGGGAAGCGCCUCAGGUGCAUUCAACAGGCCGCACCAGCCACGAAACAGCCAUCUGCCGUCUCCACCGCGAACCCUGCCGGUGCGCAGACGGCGGGACCAGGAAGCAGCAACUCCAACUCUGGUUCCGACCUUGGUCUCUCCUUUUCACCAAGCGGCGACACCCUCCAAAACUUCGACUUUGACACAUUCUUGCAAACCGAUGCGCGAUUCUCGCUGCCGCCACCAGAUCAUGCUUCCUCAUCGUCGGGAGUUCCUCCCCUUACUCUCCGCGCCGGCGGCCCUCCUGGCGGCGUUGUGGCCAGCGCCGCCUUCAUGCCUGACGAACAGCUUGAGGAACAGGAGAUGGUGAUUCAGCACAUCCAGCACUCCCCCAGCGUGAAGAAGAAGAAGAAGGUGGCGGUGAAUGCGGCGCUGGUGGGAGAGCCUGCACCCGUGGAGUUCGAAGUAGUGACGCCGGACGUGGGUGAGGACGAAGACGGGCAGCUGAAAGGGGCGAAGGCGCACGACGACGCGUCGCCUCUCGAGUGCAUCAUCGCGCUGCAGACGUUCGAGGGAUCGUGGGCGUUGGAUCAGCGGCUGGUCGACGCCGUGGGCGGUCUGCCCGGUGUGGAUGGCGUCGCGGGCGUGUCGAGGGAACUGGGGUGCGCCGGAGUCGAGUCCAGCGUGAUUGACAAGGUGGUGGCGACGGUGUUGGCGGUCGCGUUCUUGAGGCUGAAGGUGGCCGAGGAGGAGGAGACGUGGGAGUUGGUCGUUGAGAAGGCGGAGGAGUGGCUCAAGGAGUGCGAGGGCGUUGAUGGCGAGAAGAUUGGGGCUAUGAAGGAGAAGGCGGAGGCGCUCUUGAUGGGGAAGCAGGGAUGA